UGCGUGUCAACCAAAUGAUGCAAAAUGCAAGCAAACAUGCCCAAAACGACUCCGUUUUGCCUUCGCUUCCAACGAAGGGAUUGCCGACUGCGUACCGAAUAUGAAAUAAUCGCGACCGCAGAGGAUACAACCCCCAUAAACAACGGCUAAGCACCUUUUUAUUUAUUUUUUUCAUUUAAUUUCAAUUGUUGUCGUUGACUGAUUCGAAAAUUUUUACAGCUCUUAAGAGUAGGAACGCCAUCGGUAUGAUCACUGAAACAAACAUAGAAAGUCUCCUCCGCUAGUCCAAUCCAGCUGCUUUUGCAGAAAGCCAAAGAUUUCAGCUGCAAAUUCGAAUUCGCAAUGUUCGCCAAGCGGCUUUUGCAGAAAGCGAUAAACAACUCUCAGCAUAAUUUGCCACGCGGGAGUUUGACGGCGGAAGACUUGGACCUGCGAGUUGCAGUUCACUAUGGCAUCCCAUCCACGGCCUCCAUUCUUGCUUUCGACCCGAUUCAGCGCCUUUUGGCCAUUGGAACAGUGGAUGGGAGGAUUAAAGUAAUCGGUGGUGAUGGUAUUGAAGGACUCUUUAUAUCCCCGAAGCAACUGCCUUACAAAUACAUUGAGUUUCUACAAAACCAGGGUUAUUUGGUGAGCAUCUUGAAUGAUAAUGAUAUUCAGGUUUGGAAUCUCAAGAGCAGGUCCCUAGUUUAUUGUCUAGAAUGGGAAACAAAUAUAACUGCUUUUUCUGUAAUCCAUGGCUCCAGUUUAAUGUAUGUUGGCGAUGAGUAUGCUCUAGUGGCUGUGGUGAAGUAUGAUGCAGAGGACGGAAAAUUAUUGCAAUUGCCAUAUCAUAUUUCUGCAAAUUCUUUAAAUGGUAAUAUAUGCAGAAUAGUUUCUUCAGUUUGCUGAUUGAUAACUGUAGCUUACAAUUUUAUCAUUUCUUUCCUUCUAUAGUGUAUGAUUUUCCUAGUUAAUGUUGCAAUUCUCGUCACAGAAGAAGCUAAAUAUAUUGAUAGAAGAGCUUCAUCCAUAGAUGAGGUUUUUUUUUUUUCAAAAUAGAACAUUUCCCCAACAUUUAUCUGAUCAGAUAUAUUUCAUGUGAACCUCA